AUGAAGCUUCUUUCGUGGAAUUGUAGGGGGCUUAAUGAUCCACACACCCCUAAAAUUCCUUACAUUGUGUGGUUAUGCAGAACUAAAACUCCAACUCUUUUGUUUUUGUGUGAAACUAAGAUGAAUGUAGAUGAUGUAGCAAGUAGACUAGGAAUUUUGAACCCUUCUUAUUUAUUUGGAUGUAAUGCUGAUGGAAGUAAAGGGGGUUUAGCUGUUUUAGGAUGGACCAAUGAUAGGGUCAUUUGCAUUCAUGCUUCGAAGCAUGUUAUUGUCUGUAACAUUUUGGGAAGGAAUGGAAAUAGUAAGCAUGUGCUCUUUGUGUAUGGAGAGCCUAAAGUUGAGAACAGAGUACAUGUUUGGGAAAUUCUAUCCUCCUUCUUGGAUAGGUUCCCAAACUGUAUUCUGAUAGGGGAUUUCAAUCAACUUGAAACACAAGAUGAUAAAUUGGGAGGAAGUACAACAAUAAGGGGAGCAAAUGAUUUGAUUAACUGGAGGAUGCGAAACAAUGUUUUUGAGGUGCCGUUUUCAGGGCCAAAGUUCACUUGGAGCAAUAAGAGUUUAGGUGAGAGCUUAAUUAUGGAAAGAUUGGAUCGAGCUUAUGUCACGAAUUCUUGGUUUGAUGACUUCCCAGAAGGAAGAUUGAGAAAUGAACCAAUAACGAUUUCAGACCAUGCAGCAAUUCUCUAUGACUCCUCUCCCUUGGUUCGUUUUACUAAACGACCAUACCAGUUGGAAAAUUGGUGUUUGAAUUUUGAAGAGGUCAGACGAGUGAUUGAGAGCAACUGGAACACUGGGGGAUCAGGAUCUAGUAUGUUUAAGGUGCGUAGAAAUCUUCAAUAUAUUAGAACAACACUCCAAAACUGGUGCCUCUCCAACAAAUCCUUUUGGGGUAUUAAUUGGAGAGAGGAGAACUCUAAGCUCUUUCAUAAGGCUUUGGAAAUCUCCAAUCUCGAUCAAGGAAGUAUGUACAUUGAGAAUUUGCAUAAUUGGGUUCCAACUUGCACCUUAAAGUUUAAAUAUUGGCAACAGAGAAUGAAGGAAAAGUGGAUAAGGGAAGGAGAUUGCAAUACCCCAAUGAUGUAUCGAAGAGUCAAAUGUAGAAGGUCGAGGAGUGAGAUCACAUCGAUUAAGGAUAAAGAGGAUGUGUGGGUUGAAGGCCAAGACCAAGUGGCGAAGGUGAUCAUGGAAUCUCUUUUGGACGUUUUUAAUCCAAUUGUAGAUAACAAUCUCAAUGAGGAAAUUGAUCUCACGUUACGCCAGUUAGCGCUUCCGUGUCUAAGUAGUGGAGACAAGGACGCACUGGAUAAAGAAUUUUCAGAAAUUGAAAUCAAGGAAGCCAUGCUGAGUAUACAUAGUUCGAAAUCACCAGGACUAGACGGAGUAACGGCGGAAUUCUUCUCUUUAUAA